CACUGAUUCCUCUCCCUGUUUGCUCCAGAGCCCCUGCCGGCCCCUGUGCUCUCUCUGAGCCCUCAGCACCCUGUGUAUGUGCGGGGAGAGCGGGUGACCCUGAAGUGUUCGGCUCCCAGGGGCCAGGAGGUGGCUGGAUACAGGUUCUACAAGAGACACCGAAGCCAGGCCCCCGAGGAGCUGCCUGCUGGGGCCAUGGGGCCCUUGGAGAUGCUCACAGUGGAGCUGGGAGAUCCCAGUGAAUACAGCUGUGCCUAUUGGGUCCUGCGAGCCGGCCGGGAGAUCCCCUCCUGGGAGAGGCCCCCCGUGCCCAUCGCUGUGAUCGAUCCCCCUCCCCAGCCAGUACUGAGUGUGGAUCCCCCGUCCGGAGUGGUGAGUGAAGGGCUCCCCCUGCUCAUCACCUGCAUGGCCCCUGGGGACACCAGAGAGAAGAGGUUUCACUUCUACAAGGACGGAGCUGAGAUCGUCCCUGGGGACACAGGGUCUGAGAUCAGCACCACAGAGCCCAGCACCAGCUCUAUGACAGUCUCUGUGCUCAGCAUCCUGCAAGCUGGUCCCAGCAACACCGGGCAAUUCAGAUGCGGGUACGAGGCGAACAUGGGCAGGAGAUGGAUCCCAUCCCCCAAGAGCCAGGCUGUGAACAUCACCGUGACAGCCUGGUCUCUGCCCAUCCCCCUGGUGGCUGGGUGCGGUGGGGCUGCCACGGCUCUGGCUCUGCUGCUGCUGCUGCUCAUCCCCCUCUGCAGGAAGAAGACGGCAGCUAGCCGCCGGCUCUCCAUGUCCUACUGGAAGAGAGGGGAACUGCACCGGUCACGGAUAAUGAGAAGGUCGGCCGAGAUCUCCGGGAUAAAUAUAUGUGGUGUCGUGGCAGAGACACAGCCCGUGUAUGUCAACAUACCCUUCAGGGCUGGCACAGCUCUGCAGCAAUGGAGCCAUGAUGGGCAGGUCCAGCCGGUGACCCACAGCCAGCCGGCGCGGCCCAACAACCCUGGAGAGAAGUCCGUAGUGGGUCAAAAUCCUCAGGAAAGGGACAAGAGAGAAGAGGAUGCAGAUGCCAGGGUGAGCAAUAUCGUCUAUUCUACAUUGACUCCCCCUAGCGCCGUGGCCCAACGGAGAGGAGGAAAGUACGUCUCGGAGGAUGUGGUGUACAGCGAAAUCCCCUACUGAUCACAGCCUCUGCCACCACCCUGUCCCCAUCACACCCCACGCUGAAAACACCUCGCAUAAUGCCCCAUCCCCCAAACCUUCCCUUCCCUGCAAACCCCUCUAAUGGCCACAAACUUCUUCCUGGUGUACUUUGAAUGUAAGAAAGUGUGGGGCUUGCAGACAGGACUCCUCGGUCCUAUCCCAGCUAUGGGAGGGGAGUGGGGCUAGUGGUUAGAGCAGGGGGUGGGGCUGCGAGCCAGGCUCUGCGAAGGGAGUAGGUUAGAACAGGGAGAGCAGUAAUUCCUAACACUUGGGUUAUUUUCAGCAUACGGGUUAAAGGAGGGAGUUUGAAUUUUAAUCUGUCAAAGACAAGUGUUUGCAGAACUAUGUGAAAUAGUCCAGAGGGGCCCCUACCCCUGCAUCUGUUCCAAUGCACAUUGCGCCCUUUUGUUGUGGGAAACCUUCUCUUACGAUGGGAUCCCCUGGAUAUUAUUACUCUUGUUCCUUCGCCGUGGAGUUCUGGGUCUGUGUUUUCAAAAAUCCUUUAAACAAAAUGUAA